AAUGGUCGAACCAUAUUACAACUCCGCGGCUUAGUCCGACCCCGCAUCAUCUAGGGAUCAACGAUUUCGAUCGAACAACUAUCGCAGUUCGAACACGACUUUUCUGCUCGAGCUUUAAUAUCUACACCAAGUCUGCAAGCAUGUCAAAGGACAACGUGGCCGAAUCAGCCCCUCCACAACCACAGCUAUAUAUCAGAGAAACCUACUUUCAGACUCCGAAAGCCGUAGUUCCACCCAAUGCAACACCGAAGAAAGCCAUCACGCCAACAGUACGCUCCGUUCCCGCGACCUCUCCACCGCGAAGAGAUUCAAAGAAGGAACCAACUGCCGAGCACCCAAUGGGCUACGAAACCGCAGCUGAGCCAACCGUCAUCACACUAGAGGAACACGAGACACUGAAAGAGCGUUUGGAUGCGCUAUUCCGCUCGACAUUGCGAGCUGUCCGGAAAUGCCUCUGUUCAACAUCGAGCGAGCUUGACGACACCGAGUCGAAUACCGCACAUAUGCUAGACUCUUACCGUCAUCACCCAAUAUACGGCUACGGCUCGAUCUCUGCGGGAGCCAAGCCGACAUCUAAGUCUGACAAUGUGUGGCCAAGAGCACAACGGCAGAGACUUUCUCAGGAAGGGCUGGUAGCUCAGCCAACACCAAAGGGCAACUUUAUCAUAUGAGCGCCGUUCACGACGUUCAGGUCAAAAAUGAACCACUACGCAGUCGAGGAUUGAUGAAUUGAGCGGCAUGGAGAUAAGCCGUGUUACGAGACAACGGUCGAGGUUGUACCAGGCUGGCUCCGCAGGCCAUCACCACCCGGAGGAUACCAUAUCUUACCCCCUCGCUUUCUAUUUACUCUGCAAGGAACAUGUCGCAAACCACCUCAUACACGUCAGUACAUAAUUAUAAUACGAGAGAGAAUCAACCUGCCAGUUUUCCAGCCACCAUCUUGGGUAUCUCAAAGAGACUCGUGCAAGUGUCCGCUGCUGGACUUUGGAUUACAGAGCCACCGGUCGGAUAUAAAAACUAAUACAAGCGAGUGAUCA